CUCGAAUUUCUGGUGCUGACUCAAGUGCUGCAUAUCCUAGUGAAGACCAACUAGUGCAUCUUAAGUUAUUCUGAAGCUGGGAGACGACGCUAGUGCAUCGGGCGAACAGUUUACCAGGACAAUCAAUUGAAAACAGUCUUCCCGUAAUGAAGUGUUUUACAUUACUACUACUGCUCAUUUCAUCAUGUGGAGUGUUUGCAAGGAAUAUACCGAGCGAUCUCAUCGACUGCUACACAAAUCAAACACUGAUGGAACGAGACAAUCGACUGCCAGCAACACUUACAACACUAAUAGAUAUAAUUCGUAAACUAGAGUUACUGCAUAACUCUGAUGUGCGAGUGUUGAGUACUGCUCUUCUUAAUACGUUCAGAGUUGAUGGAAUUACAUUUAAUCCAGAAAUACAACCUUCAAAAGGCGUUUCCCCAUAUGGAAUUCAGGGAUUUCAGAAGGAGAAACAUGCAUUACUUAUGAAGUCAUUUUUACCAGAAAAUACAGAGUCAAUUGAUGUAACUAUACUUACACCAUUUGAAAAGUGUGCUCUCCAUUUCAUGUUGUCUGAUUCAAUUGAAUUUCACAAAAGAGGCAGUGAAAGUACAGACUGUUCAAAUAUGCAGUCUUACAGACAGAGAAGAAUAAGGCGUGAUGUUACUGCAGCAGCGGCUGCUAAUGAAUUUGCUUCUAAUGAUACUGCCAAGCAAGCUACUCCUUCAAACACUUCUGGAGAAAUUAAGCCUCUUCAGGAGAAAGCUGUGGAUAAAGAUUCUGUUAAUAAAAUUGACUUUCCAUUUCCACUAACAGUAAUUAAUGUAACCACAGCAGAAGAAAAUACUCCUCUCAGUAAGCCAGAUACAGAGCCACCGAAAACAGAGACUACUGGACAGGUAUCUGGUGACCAAGAACCACCAGUUAUUGUGAGUCAGAGUUCUGAAGUGAAGUCAAUCAAAGCGGAACUCGAUGAGUCACUGACUGAUAUUGAAGAACCUGUAGCAGAAGUUAAAGAACCAGUGCUGGAUGUUAAGGAACCACAAGCAAAGUCUAUGCAAAGUGCUAAGUUAACACUUGGCAAAAUUACUGUAGUGGAGCCAAGUCAGUGUCCAGUAGAAAAUGGUGUUAUUUAUGACAAAUGGGGUUCAUUGAGUGCUGUAAAUCUAAUAGCAGGAAUAGCCACAGGCAUACAGACUAUGGAGAAUGUAAAGUUCAAUGACAUAUAUCCAGACUCUGCCAAUGCAAACACUACUUCACUGGUAAUGGACAACAGAUGGGCAGCAACACUUGCAGGUGACCUGGCAGAAGUUGUCAUACACCAGGGACCAAAAUCAGAGGCAAUAAAAAUUGGCACUCCAGGAGGCUGGAAUGAUUCAGUAAUACCACAUUGGUAUUUUAUCAACAGAGCAGAACAGACACAAAUGACAGAUGCAGAAAUCAGAGGUGGUCUUGAUGGUUUAAUAAUUGCAAAGAAUAUUGUAUCAUGGAGAAGUCAGAAGCCAAAUCUUAGACUGUCACAUAUUCUACAACAGUAUUACUCAGAGAAAGGUGUUCUAAACACACCGUACAAAGCAUGCUCCAGGCGAGAGCAGUAUGCAGCUGUCACACCAGAAACUGAAAUGAAAGCUCAGGUAGAUGCAUUUGCAUAUACUUUAUAUACCUCUGCACCAUUAGCAACAUCAAUGAAACUUGAAGCAGUGAAAAGUUUCUCAGCAGACGCAAUUUCUGCUCUGAACUCUUACAUUACUUCUCUGGAUUCAACAUCUUGCAGCACCACAACACAAAAUUCUGGAACUAAUACAUCUGUUACUACAGAAGUGGAUCUUUAUGUUGUGAUUGAUAGUUCAUGGCAAUUUACUGAUAUUCAGCGUAUUUUAGUUUCAAUAGCAGAAAUGAUUAAACUGAACAGUAUACGUGGAAGCAGACUAAGUGUGUUUACUGGCAAUUCAUUCAAACCUUGGAAUGGAACAAUGAGUUUUAUAGAAUUCUAUCAAAAUUUCAACCAGUCAUCAUAUGUGAGAGUUGGGGAUACUGGAUUUCAACUCCGUACACUUUUGGAGACUCACAUCAAGUCGUUCUUCCAAAACAUGUAUGAUGAAUGGAAAAAGACUGGAUCAGCAGGAGGACCAGCUCCUGUAGUUUUGUUUGUGCCUUAUGGUGCUGUCAGUAUAAGUGAUUCAGAUCUGAAUGCAGCUCAACAGGCAGUCAAUAAUUACUGGAAUAAUAUGCCAGAUAUUGCAUUUCGGUAUAUGGUAACAAGUGGAGCAGACCGUGUUCAGUCACUUGUUCUGUCACAAGAAGAUGUAAUUACUUAUACAAUGCCAACUACCAGAACUGAAAAACUUGAUCUCAGUGCUCUUGAUACAAGCUUAAAGAAAGUGCACAAGAGGAUUACAAAUUCCAUCUGCAGCUAUAAUAAAAAUACACAGUCAUACUCAUCUGCAGAGUUUGUUGAUUAUGUGCAGCUAGGCUAUAUCAGCUAUUACAAAGUAAACUCGAAAUAUCUUUUUGGUGCAAGUUCAGUCCGCAUAAAGGUGCAAAAUGUUCAAUAUGGCACAGUUGAGGUGUGCUAUUCACGAAGGAUUGAGUUUCCAAUGAAUAAUACACAAACAAAUGGUAAUGAUGUAACAUGCAUAACAGGCCAAGGUGGAGAUAAGGAAAUUUCUCUUUCAUCACCGUGCAAUGGAUAUGAAAAAAUACUGUAUUGCCCUCCAUUAUAUAUUGCAGUUUUGGGGCAACAAUCAACUGGUAGUGAAUGUACAGUGAAAGGGUGUGUAGAUGUUACUGAUAUCCAGAUGAAGAUCAGCCAUCAGGGACUAACUUGUGGUGUCUCGCAAAUACUGGGUAAUAAGAUGUUAAUUACUGUUGUGUUACUGGUGUUGUUACGUUCCAUACUCAACAGAUAAAACUGAAAGUGUGGCAAUUGGUUUCCAAGAAACUCAUGGCCUUAUGAAAAUGGCCAAGUCCAGCUGUUCAAUAAACUGUUUAUACUGAAGAACAGUAAUUGUUUAGAAGCAAGCAGUGUUAUGCAAACAUAAGCUGACAGUGUAUCAGUGUGUGUGUGUGUGUGUGUGUGUGUGUGUGUGUGUGUGUGUGUGUGUUUGUAUGCACUCUCAAACAUGCUAUACAAAAUUUUUUAUGAGUUUACCUGUGAGGCAAAUAACACUUUGUUUCACAGAGGUGGAAUUUAAUUUGAUUAUGAAGGUGUUUAAUACACAGAAUCACCUUUGUAAUAGAAGAUGUGACAUGUGAUGUGACAUAAUUUAUGAAUAUUUUAAGCAAAUUUGGUAGUCAGGAAUACAACAACUUCAACCCCCAUUCCACCCUCCUCCCUCCUCUUUAGAAAUGUGUUACCAACCCUUACAUCAUUUAAUAACUCAAGCAGCAUUUCUGAAAAUCUGAUAAAGAGAAGAGAGAGAAAAAUAUUUGUUGACCCUAAACAUUCUCCUUUUACUGGUGAAACUAUGUCAGUUAUGUUAAAAAUAGAGAAAUGUAAUUCCUGGCUUAGAUAUAAGUUAGUGUUUGGUGUAAGUAAUUAUUAUGUAAACUUAAAUUGCUGUAAUA